UUAUAAAACAGUCAGUCGGAAUACUGAAAUAGACGUCACAGUAAGCUUAUUUAUGUAUAGUUUAUUAAAAUUUACUUAUUUGUCAAAUUAAUAUCAGAAGAUGUACGCCAAGGAUAUGAAACCCUAUGGCAAAUUUAUGUUCUCACUAGAUCAACAGAUGGAUACCAAAGACGGGAGGCCCCUGGUCAAACCUAAACCCAUAAUUUCACCAGGUCAAAAGAUGGAUACCACAGAUGGGAAGCCCUUGGUCAAACCUAAACCCAUAAUUUCACCAGGUCAAAAGAUGGAUACCACAGAUGGGAGGCCCUUGGUCAAACCUAAACCCAUAAUUUCACCAGAUCAAAAGAUGGAUACCAUAGAUGGGAGGCCCUUGGUCAAACCUAAACCCAUAAUUUCACCAGGUCAAAAGAUGGAUACCACAGAUGGGAGGCCCUUGGUCAAACCUAAACCCAUAAUUUCACCAGAUCAAAAGAUGGAUACCAUAGAUGGGAGGCCCCUGGUCAAACCUAAACCCAUAAUUUCACCAGAUCAAAAGAUGGAUACCAAAGAUGUGUGGCCCCAGGUCAAACAGAUAGUUUCACUUUUUCAGAAAAUGGACUCCAAAGAUGUCAAGCCCUAUGGCCAAUCUAUGGUUUCACCAGAUCAGAAAAUAGAUACCAAAGAUGGGAAGCCCCUGGUUAAACCUUUGAUUUCACGAGAUCAAAAGAUGGAUACCAUAGAUGGGAGGUCUCUUGUCAAACCUAUGAUCUCACAAUAUCAAAUGAUAGAUCAAACUGAUGUGAGGCCGCUGGUCAAACCGACAGUUUCACAAGAUCAGAAGAUUGACACUACAGAUGUGAAGCCCUAUGGCAAAAUUAUGCUUUCAACAGAUCAGCCAGUUAGACUAAUGAAGCCAAAUGGAAACGUGUUGCCAAAUAGAAAUAAUCAGCUAAGUAGAGAUGAUAAGACCUACCAGCAAGCAAACGUUCUGGUUAAUGAAAGAAAAAAGUCAAAAGACUGUUUAAAUCAAGGACCAGAUUUUUUAAACUCAGAAGACUCGGCUGAAACCUGUGUAAACAAAUAUGAAGCUAACAAAUCAAGAGCUGCAAAUAAUAGUUUGUCAACGUUUACUGAAAAUCAAACGUUCAUCCGUACACCAACACAAUCAGCUCUUGAUGAUGCUCUAAUGGAAAUCGAUAUGAAGAUGAGAGACACUAUUGGGAAACACAAAGUAAAAGUGAGAACCUUAAGAGAUUCUACUCUUAAAAAAACAAAUAUAAAAGUUUUUGUAGAGGAAAGGAUAGAUGAUGUUGACAACAGUGAAGAGCUGGCCCUAAGAGAUAAAUUAGUUGAGUUAACUGAACAGCUGAAAGUCUUUGAAGACAAUUGUAAGAAUCUAAAGGAAAUAGUGAAAGAGCUGAAUCUACCGACAGCUUCAAUGACAGAUUUGAACAAUGUCCUUGAGACAGUGGGAGUGGAGUGUCAACGACUGAGCACAGCUUUACCCAUUUACGCCAGGAAAAAGGACAUUGUAGAACAUGUGAAGGCAAACCAAGUCUCUGUCAUACUGGGUGAGACAGGCUCAGGAAAAAGUACCCAGAUAGCCCAGUACCUGUACGAGGCUGGUCUAGCAGGAAGUGGUGCUAUCAUCUGUACACAGCCUCGUAAAGUGGCGGCCAUAACUCUUGCUGAACGUGUGGCGAAGGAGAUGGUGAAGAAAGUUGGGGGUCUUGUUGGCUACAAAACUGGAAUUAAAAAAAUGGUCUCACAAAUGACCAAAAUAAUCUUCUCAACUGACCACUGUUUGCUAAAUGAGUGCCUGAAAGAUGCAGAGCUCACUGAGUACUCUUGCAUCAUUGUGGAUGAAGCACAUGAGCGCAGUAUUUACACUGACCUUCUACUGGGCAUGAUCAAAGCUUGUUUACCCAAAAGACCUGAUUUGAAAGUGGUCAUUACAUCAGCCACUAUAGAACCUGAACUUUUUAUCAGGUACUUUGAAUGUGGGCCAGAGUUGAGAGUUUCAGGCAGGACAUUUCCAGUAGAUGUCUUGUAUGAGAUGGACAAUUCAAAUGAGUUUGAAGAUUAUGAAAAGAAAGCGGUUGCUAAAGCAGUACAUGUCCACAAGAAUGAAGGUCCUGGUGAUAUUCUUGUUUUUCUUACUUCCCCUGUUGAAAUCAUGAGAUGCUGUGAAGAGUUAGUCAAACAGCUAACAGCAGGUGCCAAAGAAAGACAGCUAGCAGACUUCAAAUGGUUUCCACUUCAUGGACAACUUCAACCCGAAGAACAAAAGAAAGUCUUUGAGCCUCUUCCAGAUGGAGUAAGGAAAAUAGUUUUUGCCACAAAUUGUGCAGAAACCUCCAUUACAAUUGAUGGCAUUAAGUAUGUUAUAGACACGGGUGUGGCCAAAGAAAUGAAAUAUGAUCCCAAGAAAAACAUCAAUCUUCUGGGGACACACGUCAUCAGCAAAAGCUCCGCUGACCAGAGGAAAGGCAGAGCUGGACGUACUGUCAAUGGCAAGUGCUACAGGCUCUACACUGAAGAGAGCUACCACUCCAUGGCCACCAUCAGUGAUCCAGAAAUUCUUCGAGUCCACCUGGGUCAAGCUGUCCUGAAACUUGCAGAACUUGGCAUUGACUGUACCAAGUAUGAGUUUGUUCAGCCCCCCAGCAAGGAGGCCAUUGACUCAGCUUUGACCCUUCUGCACCAGCUUGGGGCAUUGAACUCAAGUGGAAUAACAGACAUUGGGAGAUGGAUUUCAAAGUUACCCUUUGACCCCAGACAAGGCUACCUAAUCUUUCAAGGAAACAAAGAAAACUUACUGUAUGACUCUUUAGUUGUGGCAGCUCUGAUAACCCAUGGGACAAAUCUGUUUUACAGGGGCCUAUCAGAAACUGAACAACAGAAAUCAUCCCAGAAAAAAAAUCUCUUCAGUUCUGAGUUUGGUGAUAUAUUUACACACUUGCAAGUCUACAAACAGUGUGAAAAGAUUGACAAAUCCGGACAGUCCAAAUGGUGUAGAGAAAACAGCAUUAAUUAUAAAAUCUUUAACUUUGUCAAGCAAUGUGUUGGUGAAGUGUCUUCUGUAUUGAAAAAAGAACUUGGUACUUCCAUGGAUUAUGUUUUCAAUGAAGAUAAGGCAACUCUCAACGCUUUGAGAAAAAUGAUCUUUCUGUCUUACCUCCCUUCACUGAGUCAUUAUCUGGGUCAUAUCAAAGCUGGAUAUUUUGUACCUUUGGUAGAAAGACAAGUACAUUUUCAUCCAUCCUCUAGUCUGGUGUCCCAAAAUGCCCAACCAGAAUGGGUAGUGUACACAGAGUUGACUAAAACUUCCAGAGAUUUCAUCAAAGGAAUGACAGUGGUUGAUGAAGACUGGGUCACUGAGGCCAUUGCCAGCCAAAAAAUUUCCCUCAACCUGCAGAGUGUCAGGGAGAGGAGGAUCAAAGUUGUGCACAAAGAGGAAGUUGGAAGGUUUAUAUUUCAAAAGAUUGUUGGUCCAAGGUACAGUAAUCUGCGCCAGUUGGAAAAUGAGUUGAUUGAAGAAGGAAUGGCCAACAUUGUUGUAGAAGCUGACAGAGAACUGGGGACCAUUGAUAUCUACUCUACAUCUACAAUGAGUAAGGAGGCCCUUAAAAAAAUAAUGAUAUCGAAAUAUGAUCUAAGAAAAGUUUUGACAUUGGAGGAAGAGGAGUUACCACUUUUGUGUGCAGAUCACGGAAAACCUGAAUGUGGAUUUCGAGUCGUCCUUGGCCAAGGAGGAAAAGUCAAUCUUCUGCUCAUGCCUGACCAAAACACUGAAGUCCUGGUCACAAACUGUACUCACAACACCACAGAGGAAAUGAUCAGGGCCAAGUUUGAAUGUUUUGGAGCAAUAAAAGAAAUAAUAUCCUUCAGAAAAUCGGAGCCCUGGGGUUUUGUUAGAUACAGCUCACCAGCUGAAGCAGAGAGAGCUGUUGAAGGUACACAGAAGGAUGAGACACAUGUUGGUAAACUAAAAACUCAACAGAAGAAAAAGAGAAAUUAUUCUGCUAAACUUUCCUGGUACAGAAGACCCAUUAAACCACCAGGGACUGCCUUUAUAUCGUGUCCAGCGGUGGAGAAAGCAGGAUUGGUUGGACGCUACUUAUCUCUGCCUUCUGGGAUGGUUGAAAUUCAAAUGUCCAAAAAUGAGAAUGAUUUAAUGUGCUUCGAAACAGGGUCAGCAAGUGAAACUGAGAUCAAAAGUGCAGUUUUACAUUUACUGGAUAAUAGGGAAUACUUAGAUAAACAAAUACGUGUAAGCCUAGUCCGCAAUAAAGUCAAUGCUCCAACCGACACUGAAAUGUCCUGCUACAAACAACAGUUGGUUAAAGAAUUUGAAAAAUACACUCCUCGAAAUAAAUUUGAACUGGAUUUGAGACCACCAAAAGAGAACCAUGUUGAUCAUAUUGGUUUCAUUCAAUUUGAUGAUCCAGUAGCUGGAUUGGCUGCUUGUGAAUCUGUAAGAGGGUGCAUGAUUUUUGGCAGCCCUAUUCAAAUCCACAUAAACCUCAGGACCACUUUUUAUGUACCCCAGUUCAUCAUGAAAGUCUCAGAACAUCAGCUGGAUGAAAUUUUUGAAGGUUUGCAGAAGAACAACCAGAUUGUGGUGUCCAAACGAAUCAUAAAAAACAAGAACUUUAUCAUUGAAGUAUCAUCAGAGAAAGCUCAGGAGAUAGCUGAAGCUAGAGAUUUGAUUCAGAAGGUGCUGCAAGGGGAGAUCAUCCAGUGUGGUGAGGAUAAUCUAAUAAAAAAACUUCUCAAUCGUGAGGGGAAAGCAUUUUUACGUGAAAUAGAACAAUCUUUAUCAAUUGUCAUAGUCAUCGAUGAACGUCGAGAAAAACUUCAUCUUUACGGAAUUCCAGAAAAUAUUAGCCAGUGCAAAAUAGAGAUCAAUAAAUAUUUGGAUAAAAUCAAUCAAGGAUGCCAUAAGACUGUCAGCUUAAAAGGCCCAGGGAAACCAGUAGGUCUAAUGAAAGCUUUGAUGGCAGAGUUCCAAAAUCUCCGUGAUGACCUUGUUGAAACGUUUUCUCUUAGUGAUGUCAUUAUAAAUUUCAAACUGCAAGAACUGUCACUUAUUGGGGAUAGAGAGUCUGUAGACAAGGCGUUGGCGAGAAUAGCUGAGGUGGAAGCUUCCCUGGCUAGAAAUCCUGGCAUUGAUGGUGAUAAAGGUUUACCAGACUGCGGCAUAUGCCUGAGUCCAGUAGACACAGCAGAAGAUCUGUACAGGCUUGAGGGCUGUGGGCAUGGCUACUGCCUGGGCUGUCUCAGGCUCCAGCUUGACGAUGCUGUGGGGGAAAACAAAUUCCCAGUAAAAUGUGAACGUCAGACAUGUGGUCAGCCUUUGGUCUGGAGAGAUUUCCAGUUUAUGGUCAAGAGAAAGUGGGUAAACAAAGCAAAACUGCUGCAAAGGUCUCUGAACGCAUUGGUUUCUCUGAAUCCCAGCAAGUACAAAUUCUGCUUGACCCCCAACUGUCCUAUCGUGUAUGAGGUGACUGCCUGUGAAGAGGCCAAUGAGUUUACCUGCCCAUCAUGCUCUGUCAGCCUGUGCACCUCCUGCCACACAGUGUACCAUGCAGGUCUCACCUGUAGAAUGGCUGCAACCACAAAGGAAGCAGAUUUAAAUAUAGAUCAAUGGAUACUAGCUGACCCCAACAACAGAAAGCACUGUCCCAAAUGUACAACUGUGAUAGAAAAAAAUGGAGGAUGCAAUAUGAUGCAUUGCAGUGGGUGUAAAAUCUACUUCUGUUGGAUUUGUUUGGCAGAUUUCCAUUCAGAUUUCCAAUCAGAGCAAGAAUGUUUUGCUCAUCUUCUUAAAAUGCAUGGUGGUUUCUACGAUUAA